ACUCUUCUACUUGCCGUCUUUCCUUGAACACGUUUGUGUCGCGUUUAAUUGUUAUGUUUGUCCUAGAUUAUGUUCCUAUGAGACUUUUGGGCUUUUUUUCCCGGGUUUACUGACUGGAACUCAGUUUUAAUUUCCUAUUACAAACAGCUUUCAGCAACAAUAUUUACAUUUUAAAAAACAUGUGAAAUGAAGACGUCAGCAGCUUGUUGUUUCGGGGGAAUUAUUCUGUGCAUCGGCCUUUCGUUGAGAGCAGCAGGGUCGUCUCAGAUUCAACUUGUCGGUUCAGCUGAUCCAGUCGUUGCCUUGGCUGGUGACAACGUCAUACUACCAUGUUACCUGGAACCCAACGUCAGUGCUGUGGACAUGAUGGUGGAGUGGACAAGAUCUGACCUGAAACCUCAAAGGGUCCAUCUUUACCGUGAAGGUCGAGACUCCGACGGUGAACAGCUUCCGUCCUACAGGGGAAGGACAUCACUGUUUAAAGAAGAACUGAAGAACAGCAAUGUCUCUUUAAAACUGACCGGAGUUACCCUCUCUGAUGCUGGAGACUACAAGUGCUUCAUUCCAACACUGAAGGAAACAACCAUUCCACUCAUAGUUGGUGUUGUUUCUCAGCCAGUGAUCUCUAUUAAUGGAACCAAAGACUGGGGGGUGGUCCUGAAGUGUGACUCCGGAGGCUGGUACCCACAGCCUGAGCUUGAGUGGUUGGACAGUCAUGGAAACGUCCUCUCUGCUACUGAACCCACUGAGACAAGCAACUCAACAGAGACCGAGAUGAACCCUGAGGGUCGCUACACCGUGAGACGAUAUGUCACCGUCCGGAACACUGACAACAACAGGUUCACCUGUAGAGUUGUACAGCCGCAGAUCAACCAGACAAGGGAGACACAGAUUCAUGUCCCAGCAAAAAAAAAUCUAGAUCUUCAGACUAAGCUGGAUACAGAGGAGCGCAUUAGACAGCAUGUAGAGGAGAAGGAUGAGUCUGGGAGUAACAGAGUUGAAAUGAUGGAGAUGCAACCUUUACUGGGUCCUGGAUCAGAGACGGAGAGAGGAGGAAGACAGGCUGUUGAUGCUCUAGAAGACCAGGAGAGAGAGGAGGGAAGACAGGCUGUUGAUGCUCUAGAAGAUCAGGAGAGAGAGGAGGGAAGACAGGCUGUUGAUGCUCUAGAAGACCAGGAGAGAGAGGAGGGAAGACAGGCUGUUGAUGCUCUAGAAGACCAGGAGAGAGAGGAGGGAAGACAAGCUGUUGAUGCUCUAGAAGACCAGGAGAGAGAGGAGGGAAGACAGGCUGUUGAUGCUCUAGAAGAUCAGGAGAGAGAGGAGGGAAGACAGGCUGUUGAUGCUCUAGAAGAUCAGGAGGCCACCUAAGACAGUACUGGGUUGGUUAGGACGUUCUGGUUAAUUAAAGUUUAUUUUGAAAAGAGAAGAGUGAGAGAGCGAGAGACACGACUCUCUCUCUCUCUCGAUGGAGUUUUUAUUAUUAUUAUUUUAAAGGAGAUGGGAAUUCCAACCUCCUUAAUCAUCUUUAUUUAAAUUUGGACGGUACAGCGUGUAGAGAUGGAGACAGAUAGUAGGGGCAUAGACGGAGGGUGGUUUGAGAUGGGACUCAAACCCCUCUUCGCCCUGAAGUCUAGAGAUUAGACUGUUACACCAGACUGCAGCACAUUGUGGAUGGGUUUAAAGACCAACUCAUGUUACAGCCUGCUGGAAAACGUAUGAUCAGGGACUGACCUGUAGUAGAAUUUAAUUAGUAAGGCCUGAGGUGGUGACUAUUACCUUUAGUACAACCUGGAUACAGCCCUUAGUACAGCCUGGAUACAGCCCUUAGUACAACCUGGAUACAGCCCUUAGUACAGCCCUUAGUACAGCCUGGAUACAGCCCUU